UUCUAAGAUGGCAGCCUCCGUAUUGAAACGGUGUGCGGCUGCUGCUGUCAAAGUUAAAUGUUUAUCUCCGUCUUAUUCAGCUCGACGAUGGUUGCUCUCAGCAGCUUACACAGACACCAAAAUGUGGGAGGCGAGAGCGAAAGAUCCUCAGAACCUGGCUGUACUCGCCAACCUUAUGGACAGGACAUAUGACAGGAAACUCCCUGUUAGCUCUCUGACCAUUUCACGGUUUGUGGACAACAUAUCAUCCCAGGAAGAAAUUGAUCAAUCAGAGUACUACCUUUAUAAAUUUCGUCACAGUCCAAACUGUUUGUACCUGCGAGACUGGACCAUUCACAGCUGGAUCAGACAGUGUCUAAAAUUUGGGGCCAGAGAUAAGGCCCUGCACACACUUAAAAACAAGGUCCAGUAUGGAAUAUUCCCAGAUGACUUCACCUUCAACCUGCUCACAGAUUCUUUCAUUAAGGAUGGGGACUUUAAAAGUGCGUGCUCUGUGGCUGAAGAGGUGAUGCUUCAGGAGGCUUUUGAUCGUCCCUCCACGCAGAUCCUGUCUCUGUACGCUCUGGGCAGUUACCUAGCAACCCGACCACAACUCGCUGUGUCAGAGGAACGGGCUUUGGGGGCAUCGCUGCUCAUCUGUGGACUGAAGCAAGACAACACCAUUGGCCUCAGUGCUCAGCUGCUUGGCAAUGCUUUCCUUGGCAAGGUGGAAAAUUUAAAGGGCAUCCAUGCUGUCUUCAAAGGGAUGCCUCUCUCCUGGGGUCGAGGAUAUCUGGGCCGAGCGCUGGCCGUAAUGGAGAGAGUGGCUGCUGCUUCUGGUGAUGUCAAACUGUCCAAAGAUACACUGGGAUAUGUGAAUGACUUGCUGCAGGAACUGCCUUUGACCUCAGAAUCAGACUCUUCUGGAGAAGAGUCUGGAGGUGAGGAGGACAAGAAAGAAGACACUGUAGAUGAAGAUGAUCAGGCCGAGGCAGCUAAGCUACCUGAGUAUGUCAACCGAUUCAAGGAAUUGAGCAGCCAGCUGGAGUCUCAGGGUAAAGUGGAAUCGACUUCCUUCCAGGAUUUAGUGACCACUCUGGCCCAGCAGAACCUGGCUGCUGCUGAGAAACUGGACCUCGAGCAGUACAAGAGCCGGGUAGAGGCCUGGGAGGCUGAGAAGAAGCAGUUGAUCCAGAGAGAGAAGGAGAUGAGGGAGAAGGCUGAGCAGGAGAAGCAGGAGCGAUUAGCUGCCAGGGCUGCAGCUCUGCAGGUGUAGAAACUUUUUACACGGAGCAAACUGUAGAUCACUGAACUGUCCAUUGAGUAUGUACUUUAAAAUGUGUAUACUUGGGAGGAAUGUAGUUUUAACAUUACACCAGAUUCUGUCACUCAUUACUUUUGUAUCUAUCAGUUGUUGUGUUUGUGGCUCUGUUUUUAUAGAGCUAAUAUAAAUGUACUGUCAAAAUAAAAUGCAUUUUGAGUU